UUUUGUUCGUGAACGUUCCGAACUGUGAUAUCUAAAUUCUUAGUUGAGUUGCAUGUUUAGUGGCAUGUGAAUCUGCGAUUGUUUCAAAACAAAUACGAGGCCUCAAUAUUUGGAAGCCUCCACUGGUUGUUUAUUAAAGAUAAACUGUAGUUCUAAUAAUGUGUUGGAUUUUCUUAGUCCUUUCAAUAUAUUGGUCGGAAAACACAGAGUGCAGCACAAUCUACUCGUAGUUUGAUCGCUGUCGUGGAAGAUGGCUGUAUGUAGUGAUUGUUGAUGGGAUUGUGUGAAAUUAUGUGUGUUACAAAUCUGAUUUGAAAGAAAACAUUUGGCGCAGGAAGAAAUAGAAGAAAUGUCGUCAUUGCAUUUUGUUGUUCAUCCACUUCCAGGAACUGAAGAUCAGCUGAAUGAUAGGUUAAAAGAAGUUUCAGAGAAACUUAAUCGGUUUGGUGUCGUGACACCGGCUGCGUUGGCUAAUUUGAAAAUAUCAGUGAAGAGAAUAGUCAUUGGUCCAACACAUUUUGCUCUUCUGCUGGACGAUGGACGUGUGUGCAGAGUCUCAUUCUCUAUUAUAUCUGACAGGCUAGAUCUUAGUAAAAAUGAUUCCUCAAAAAGUACAAUCGGAAGCAGUGGUACGAGUAACGGUGUGGGUGCAGUAGGAGGAGGAGGAGGUGGCAGUGGGGGAGCUGGUGGAAACGGUAAUGGUGGCAAUGGUAGUAGCGGCAGCAAAGUAGGGAACAGUGGAGGAGCUGCCAGUUCGAGCUCUGGUGGAGGAAGGCAGUUGCAGCGUAGCAGGGCACGCAUAGUGCGUACCAAUGCUUCCCUGCGAGGAGCAGGAGGGGGCGCGGGCGCAGCCAGAGGGGCCCCUGGUGUUAUCAUGGGGGCCAGCGGAGGCUCUGGUGGAAGUGGCAGUGGGACACGACCGAUUGUACCGGCACCCUAUGUGCCGGAGGAGCUCGUCUCGCAGGCCCAAGUUGUUCUGCAAGGAAAGAGUCGCAAUUUGAUUAUCCGGGAGUUGCAGCGCACUAAUCUGGAUGUUAAUCUGGCGGUGAAUAAUUUACUGAGUCGUGAUGAUGAAGAAGGAGAUGAUGCUGAUGAUGCUCCAGAUUCGUAUGUCCCAGAAGAUUUAAUUUCGUUGCUAGAUGGAGGCUUUCAUGCUGAUCAUUCUGUGAUUAUUGAUGCCGAUGCUAUGUUUUCGGAAGACAUGUUUGGAUAUUCGGCUGUAAGAAGCCGAGCUAGCUCCAGCAGCCGCCGAUUAAAUGCUGAUCGUGACCGUGAUCGUGAAACAGAUAGGGAACGGGAAAGGGACAGUUUUUCUCGUUGGAGAGACCGUCAGUACUAUGGACCGAGGCGAUGGUUGGAAUCUGCUUUGAGGGAUUCUACAUGGGAUAAAGAUCCAGAGAGUAAAAAGAAAGAGUUUGCUGCACAGAGUCCACUGUGGAUGUCGGAUGAGCUUGAAUUCUGGCCAGAACGAGGCAGUGAACCACUACCACAAUUUAUAAUGAUAGCGGCGUUGUACAGUGAGUUAGUUGCUGUUAGUUCCUCUGGACAAUUGUACCAAUGGAAAUGGAAUGAGACAGAACCUUACCGACAUUUUGAAAACAUGAGUGUGCAUCACCCGAAGACUUUAGGAUUGGGGCUGCUAUCAGAACGGGUUACUCACAUUUCAAGUGCUGUAAUUAGAUGUUCUGUUGCAACAGAGAGUGGAAAAGUAGCAACGUGGUUAGACGAACUGUUAGUACAUGCAGCUGUACGUCUGGAACAUCCUGCUCAAAGCUUCUCAGAAUUUUCUGUUGACAGAAUAAUAUCUCUACAUACAUGUACUCUGUAUACAGUGGCAAGGCUUGAGAGUGGAGCACUCUAUUGGUGGGGUGUUCUUCCAUUUGGACAACGAAAACGCUUGUGGGAGAAACACAGAGCAAAAACUCGGAAGCGUAGACCAUCCACAGCAUCGGCAGAAAUAGUGUGUGGGAGCCAAGUUUGCAUGAAGAAUAGCCCAAUGUAUCAGCCAGGAGCUAUAGGUUUCACCAUAUCAGGUGGGGUUCCAAAAGUGGGCCAGCUGCUGAAUGCUGCAUGGAAUUUGACUGAUGUAUGCCGUUUCAAGCUGCUAAAUACAACUGCACCUGAUCAGCAACGUCGCGAUGCACAGAGCUCGUCUGGAACAUUGCCAGCUCCUAGUUCCAGUAAAAGCAACAGCCACAAGGAAACAGCUGAUAGGUUGGAUAUGCCACCACCUCCCUCACCUGCUUCCAGCACGUGCAGUGAUACAGGCAGCAUUACCACCAGCCACAAACGGCAGAAACGUGUAGUUCCUAAAGGCGAAGAAGCCGAAAAGAAAGAUGAAGAAGAAUGGCAGUUAAAGGAUGUUGUUUUCGUCGAAGAUGUGAAGAGUGUUCCUGUUGGUAGAGUGCUGAAAGUUGAUGGAGCCCAUGUAGCAGUGAGAUUCCCAAGUAAUAAGGACACCAAAGAAACCAAAGAAUUGUCCAGUGAUGACACAAUCAAUCUUCUUCAAGACUGUCGUCUUAUGAGGAAAGAUGAACUUCAAGUUAUUAAGUCCGGAGCGACAUCUCGCGCCCCCGAUUGCUUCCAGCGCUUCCCUAGGCGUGUGAAUGUUGCUGAGGGUGGCCAGAUACUAACGUUGACUGUUGAUGGAAUUGGAAUACACGCUGUCGUCAAAAAUAAUUCUAAACUCAGCUAUGUCAUUUACAACCUUAGCACUGGACGAGCUGAACAGGAGAGCCCUUUUCCAUCAGAUACAAACUCCUUUUUGGGCUUGGAUCCUCAAAAUAUAAGCCUUAUCAGUGCAGGAGAGGGUAGUGAAAAUGUGGUGAUCUUACGUGAUGGGAACAGUACUCUGUACCCUCUGGCACGAGACUGUGCUGACAGCAUCCGUGAUCCUCAAUGGCUAGAUCUGCCUCCUGUUCGAUGCAUUGGUGCUGGGACUGUAGCUCUCGGAGGCUCGUUGCGUAGCCAGGUUGCCGUGCUAGCGUUGGCUGUAGAACCGCAGUUGCUUUUACCUAGGCUGCUACGCUGCGACCUGGAAGGUGUUCGUUCUGUUCUCUCAUCACUCGACUCACGGACAAUUGAUGCUAUAUUAAAUGAACGUUGUGAUGGCAACAGGAACAUUCUGCAUGCUUGUGUUACAAUGUGUGCACCAACAUCAAACAAGGAUGGAGAACAAGAGGGCAGUAACAGCAACAGUUCGGGGCUAGAGUCUAUCAACGUGAUCACCAAUGCCUUAGGUUCACGAUCUGUGAGCCUGCGUGAGAUGAUGAGAAGAGCUACAGCAGCUGUGAGGUCUGUUAUUGUUGCAGAACGCGAAGUCGCUGUUGACAGCAGUGCACAUCAACAUAUUUCAGAUGAACCUAUUCCAACCCUUAGCUGGCCUCCUGAAACAUUUGAUCCUGCGUCAGGUGAUGAAGACAGCUUGAUGGGGCUCGGUGGAUCAAACGCUGCAAAUAAUAAACCAUCUGCAAGUGGUUCAACUUCUGGUGCAAGUCCUAGCAACUCGUAUGUCGUGGAUCCCAUAGAACGGAAAAACAAUGCAAUUGUGUCGUUGCGCCUACUCUGUGAGAGUCCAGGUCUUGCCCCUCAUCUGGGCACAUUACUUGGUGCAAAAGAUGCGCAAGGGCAGACACCUUUCAUGUUGGCUGUGUCAGUGCGAGCAUACACAGCAGCUCUGACACUUCUAGACACUAUUCAGCGAGUAGCAGCCAAGGAAGAAGGUGAAGCACAAGUGAAAGCACAAAUUGCCUCAAUGGUUUACCCACCUGGCUCAGCUCCUGAUGAUUCACCACUGCACGUCAUUUGCUGUAAUGAUACAUGUAGCUUCACCUGGACUGGAGAUGUCCACAUAAACCAAGACAUAUUUGAAUGCAGAACUUGUGGUCUAACAGGAUCCUUAUGUUGCUGCACUGAGUGUGCCAGAGUUUGUCACAAGGGUCAUGAUUGUAAGUUGAAACGCACUUCCCCAACUGCGUAUUGUGAUUGCUGGGAGAAGUGCAAGUGCAAGGCACUCAUUAUGGGACAACAGUCGGCACGCUUUGAGCUGCUGUGCCGCCUUGUAACUGACACUGAUCUGGUGACUCAGCCAAACAGCAGAGGGGAGAGUAUCCUGCUGUUCCUGGUGCAGACUGUUGGUAGGCAGUCUCUGGAGCAACGUCAGUACAGAGCAUCAAGACCCCGCAGUGCAUCUGCAUCGAGUAGGAAGACUCCGUCAUCUGAUCUAGAACCUGAUAUGCCUGACCACGACCUUGAACCUCCUAGAUUUAGUCGUCGUGGUCUGGAAAGGUUGUUGAAUGAUUGGUCUGCAGUGCGAGGAAUGAUAAUGUCAGGUGUGAAAGAACCGUCUGCACAACAGCCUCGUCAAUCUACAACUACACAGACCUUAUACGAAGAUCAAGAUUUCCUUCAAAGUCAGAGUGGAACUACACUGCUUGAUAAGUUCACCUACUGCUUGCUGGUCAAAUGCAGUGCUGAGAUGCUGGAUACAUUAUUGACGACUCUUAUACGUGAACUGCAGAAUGAAUGUAUACCAGGGCGACAGGAAGAUGCAAAGACAGUGGCACGUAGAUUUGUACGCUCUGUUGCACGAAUAUUUGUAAUCUUCAGCAUAGAAAUGGCUCCUAACACAGCAAAACGAAGGAGCCUGAACAGCAUGUCACAACCUCUCAUGAAAUGCAAACGUGUGUUCCAAGCAUUGAUUAAAUUGUCAGUGGAGGAACUUUGUGAAACAGCUGAUUCUUUAAUUGCUCCAGUUCGUCAUGGUGUUGCAAGGCCAACAGCACCAUUCAGCCUGCUUAGCUCUACAGUAGAAGUUAUUAAUGGGGUUUCUGAAGAGCUGUUUUCGGUGGAACCUCUAGCACCCCACACAGGAUUUAUCGCAGGGCCAGGCAGAACACUGUCAUCAAAUAUGUCGGGUACAACUAGAGCUGGAGAAACGGCCAGACCAAUGGGUCUGGUGUCCAAUUCUCCCAGAGUACGCACUGUUGGAGGCAUAGAGCUUAUGGAUGACACAGACACAGUUGAAGGCCUCGUAGCUGAAGAUGGUGAUGGAGAAGGAAGCGAACAAGAAGAUGCAGGUGACAGACCUGUCGGGGUGCCAGUUCCAGGAGAGCCUAUGGAGAGUGAGGUAUCAGAUCUAGUUGGAGCAGAUAAUCAAGGAGAUGGGGAAUCUGACAAUGAGCUAGAUUUAUUAGCUGAGACUGAAUCUGAUUCAGAUGAUAAUCAUAGUAAUCAAGAUGCUGCUUCAGCACAGAGGAGCGUACAGACUGGUGCUACAGCUGGUUCUGACACAGGUAUUGCUUCAUUGCUGCUUUUCCCAGAGGAUGAUUCUGCUGAGUCUAGUCAGCAGGAGGAUGAUGAAUCAGAAGCUGGUGAAUCUGAUGAACAUGAUACAGAAGAAUUUGCCUUGGCAGAUGAACAGUUGGAGAGGAGAAGUUCAAACACGGGACAUGGUAACCGUAGCAAUCUUGCACCUCAAUCAAUGCAGUGGGCAAUACGGAACAGAGAACCUGGGAAUCGAGCUGGAGGUAGGGUUCGUGUUACAGGAGGAAGCAGCCUCGUGUUUAUAGACCCAUCAUCCCUGAGACGUUCAACAACAGCAGCGACAGCAGCAGUAGCUGCAGCCGCAGCUGGCCAGGAACCAGUUACCAUGGCUACAACUGCGAGCUGUCUUGCAAGGGCAUUCGGUAUCGUUAUGCGCCAGAUUGCAGACCUUCUUACAAUGCUGCAAGAUUACCAUGCACUAGCACCGUCAUUGCCACGCACUCUUGACAUAUCGUAUCAGGAGUCACUUAAUUUGCAGUUAUACUUGGAGUACCGGUUGAAACCAACAUGGGAUUGGUUGGUGACUGUUAUGGACUCUACUGAAGCUCAGCUACGUUUUGGUGCAUCUUUGACACAUUCAUCAGAUCCAGCACAUCCAGGACACCCUCUGCACCAGACAGCAGGCUUGGGGCUUGGUGGUGUCCCAGGUGGCCUUGGGGGUCUUAUUGGGCCAGCAGCUCUUUCACUCUCCGUUUUAGGUGGGAACACUGCAGGAAGCAGUUCCGCCAAUAGAAAUGGUGGCACAGGGCAUAGAGCCAGUUCUGCUAGCUCAACACCUCCAGUCGGUUCAUCUUCUGGCCCUCGAAUUGUUGGCUUUGCUACUGGUGCUGAUGGGCCACGUACAACACGUGAUCGUGAAGCUGCUGAUCCCCAUUCAGCUCGCCGGGAGUUCCUGUCAUACUGUCUCUCCCUUAUGAGAGCACACAAUGGUGAACAUCUUGACAGCCUGCCGAUAUUAGAUGUGUCUGCUCUGAAACAUAUAGCAUAUGUGUUUGAUGCACUAAUAUACUACAUGCGUUCUGGAACUGAGACUGCAGAUGCUGAAGUCUUGAGAGAUGGCAUGCCAAUGGAAUCAUGGAAUGACCAGGAUGAAAAUGAUAAUGAGGAGGCUGAUGAUGAGUUGAGCCAUACAGCAGCUAUGGAGACUGAUUCACUAGAUGAUCAGGAAGUGUCUGCGCCUCCCCUUUCUGGAAUAUCUGGUGUCGGACCUGCUGGAAAGGGACGCAAAAACCCUUUCUUACAGCGAUCUGACUCAACUCUAUGCUUAGGCUGUCCACCGCCAGAUCCAUUUGAUACUCCGAUGGCAGAGGCAUUGCCUCUUGCGGACCAGCCUCACUUACUGCAGCCUAAUGCUCGUCGUGAAGAACUCUUUGGGAUGCCUAAACAACCUAUAACAGUACCACCUGCAGCAGGUGUCAGCACUCCAGGUAUAUGCAACCCCCUGGAAGUACUGCCAACACGACUGGGACUAUCAAUGAGGUCUUCGGACUGUGGUCCGGCAGCCACUGUGAGCUCAACACACUUGGGUCCGGCAGCGCCGCAGCCGCACUCGUCACCCCAGCCAGCGGCAAGUGUUGCCACAGCUACUCCUGUUCCUGCUCCAGUUGUUCCUGCAGAAGGCACAAAUUCUGCAGUUCCGGGUGCGCCCUUGCAAGGAACCCGUGCAGCUGAAGGCUCUGCUGCUGCACCUGCAAAGGAUAUUGUGUCAUUUCCAAGGUCAAACUUUGAUGCAUUUGAUCAUCUUUUCCGUGAAAUAGAAGAAGAAGAAGCACAGCAACUUCCAGAAAUUCCAAUAUCAAUGGAUAACAGUAAUAGUGGAGGGAAUAAUGUCGGAGCAGCUCAGACGUCAUCGUCAGCAGACGAAUUCCCACAAGAUCUCUCUUUCAACAAGGAAACCCCAAAUAGUGCAACAUCUGCAGAGAUUGAGAAAAUGGAUGUGGACAAUGAAGAUUCUCAGGACUAUGUGUCAGAUUCAGAUUCUAGCAGUCCAUUUUCUCCCAAAAAAGUGUCUAUUCUGUCUAGUAGCUGCGAGGGUCCAGCUGACCUUAGUAAGCCUGGUCCAAGUGGGAUACGGGCUACUUCCAAAUCUGCUUCAGCUCAAGACACGAGUGUUGCACUUAAUCCUCCUCCAGCAUCUGCAGAAGCAACCAACGAAGACGGUCACCGGCUUCUCGGCGAACAGAAAAGGGCUCCGAUCAUCGUAUCUGCGCACAAAGUUGCAGUAGCACUUGCUUCGGCCAUGGCCUGCUUCGAACCAAAUUCCAACACGGGCACUUGCGACACAAAUAACAGUGUGACAACAGCGUCGAUUCCACUUCCAGAGGGUGAGGGCCCCCAGCCUGCAGGCCAGAACCGUGUUUGCACUCCUCCUGAAGAGACCUCCGUAACACCAACUACAGCACCUGUUAAGAGUGUCAUUGUGCGUGCUGGGCCAGGACCCGCCACAUCUUCUGUUUCUGGUACACAGAGGAAUGAUGCAACAGAUAUUCCCGUGACAACAGCUAAUGAUAAUCGUCAGUCAGUAGCUACUCCUGCUUGUACGGCAGCAGAUGACAGUAUGAAUAACCAGGAUAUAUCAGCUAAUGUUACUGUGGAAACCAGCCGUGUAAAUGAUCAGUCAAGGCCACAGCCAACAAUUGGUCAGUCUGUGUCACAUGAUUUGCUGCUCGGACGCUGGAAAUUGUCACUCGAUCUCUUUGGUCGUGUCUUUAUGGAGGAUGUAGGGCUUGAACCAGGUUCUGUAGUGUCAGAGCUAGGUGGAUUCCCAGUAAAGGAAGCGAAAUUUCGUCGUGAAAUGGAGAAACUGAGGAAUUCUCAGCAGAGAGAUCUUACUCUUGGAAAGAUUGAGCGUGAUAGAACACAGUUGAUAAUACAAACACUGAAAGAGCUGAACACGCAGUACAACAAUUACCACCGGAGGGCAUCCAGCUCUCAGCCACCACUUGCAGUUAAUAGAGUGAAAGUCACAUUUAAGGAUGAACCUGGUGAAGGGUCAGGUGUUGCACGCAGCUUUUAUACGGCGAUUGCAGAGGCACUGCUAGCAAAUGAGAAAUUGCCAAACCUAGAGUCUGUUCAAGUUGGCACAAAAUAUGCACAGUACAAUGUUCUUCAGCGCAUGAGAUCUCGUGAUCGAGAUGCUGUUAGAAGACAUUCACAGGCUCCUCGAUCUUCACUACGCUGUCGUGAGUCGCGACGUUCUCUGUCGUAUGAUGCUCGUCCAUUUUCUGCACCGGGAGCAGAAGGUGCAAGUGGGGGCAAUGACCAUCUAACACACCAUCAGCAGCAGCUUGGUGAGAGACUGUAUCCAAAAGUGCAUGCCUUGAGGCCAUCAUUUGCUGGAAAGAUUACAGGCAUGCUACUUGAACUUACUCCGGCCCAACUUCUCAUGCUUCUUGCUUCCGAAGAAGCACUUCGGCACAAAGUGGAAGAAGCAGUUGACUUGAUACAAAGUCACAGCCAGGAACAACUUGCUUCAGAGGCACUUCUCGAUUUAGAUGUCUUCAGCCUUUCUGAGCGUGGAAAGAAGCCUUCUAGUGGAACUUCGCGAAAUGCAGAUGCAGAAGAGGCAGCAGAGGAGAGUGAAGACAAUGCGCCGCUUUUCUACAGCCCUGGGAAAAGAGGUUUUUAUUCACCUAGACAAGGAAAAGCCAGCUUUGAAAGACAGAAUGCUUUCCGGAAUGUUGGCAGGCUUCUCGGACUCUGCCUGCUACAGAAUGAGCUGUGUCCAAUAUUCCUGAAUCGACAUGUCAUGAAAUUUAUACUGGGAAGGCCAAUUCGAUUUCAUGACCUGGCUUUCUUCGAUCCUGUUAUUUAUGAAAGCCUCCGGCAGUUAGUAGUUGAUGCAGAGACUAAAGACAGCAAUAGUUUGUUCUCAGCUCUGGAUCUCACUUUCAGCAUUGACCUGAGCCCUGAAGAGGGUGGAGGGUCUUUGGAGUUAAUACCGGGUGGCAGAGAUGUGGAAGUAACUGCUCAAAAUGUGUAUGACUAUGUGCGUAAAUAUGCUGAAUGUCGGAUGAUAAAAGUUCAGGAGAAAGCACUUGAGAGCAUCCGUACCGGGGUAUUUGAUGUUCUCCCAGCAGGAUCACUUGAUGGAUUAACAGCUGAAGAUUUACGUUUGCUGCUUAAUGGAGUUGGAGAUAUAAAUGUAGCUGUCCUUAUAUCAUACACAAGUUUCAACGAUGAAUCUGGGGAAUCCAGUGAGAGACUUGUGAAAUUUAAGCGUUGGUUGUGGUCGAUAGUGGAAAAAAUGACUCACAUUGAAAGGCAAGACCUGGUUUAUUUCUGGACGGGAUCUCCAGCAUUACCAGCUAGUGAAGACGGAUUUCAGCCUAUGCCAAGUGUAACUAUUCGUCCAGCUGAUGAUUCUCACUUGCCUACAGCCAACACAUGUAUAUCUCGAUUGUAUAUUCCAUUAUAUAGCAGUCGUGCCGUUCUGCGACACAAACUACUCCUCGCUAUUAAAACAAAAAACUUUGGGUUUGUGUGAAUGUAAGAAGAGAUAAUUAUUUGAUUUUGUAUGACAUGAACACAAACUUUAAAAAUAUCUGUAAACAAGUUAGCAACUUAUAAUUACAGUAGUUGUUGCAAGUGGAAUGCCGUGAGGUGAUAUGACAAACAUGUUAGUGAAUGUAUUUUUUGGAGAAGAAAGGACAUCACAUUAGUAUGAAUCAACUACUUAUUUGGAGGAAAGUAUAGGUUGAUAUCCUCUUUGGGAGCAAAAUCGGCUCCUUCAAAUCAUUGCUGCAGUCAGUAUUUUGUGAGAGAAUAUUGUGUGUGUGUGUGUGUGUGUGUGUGUGUGUGUGUGUGUGUGUGUGUCACAGGAGAAGAAUAAUUUAGUCUUGUAAUUAUAAUUGAAAUGCAGUAUACAGUUUGAGAUACUACAUACAGAACUAGCAUACAUUGAUUUUAUUGAAAGCAUUAUUUAUGAAUUUUGUUUUGUCUAUGAAAUUAUAUGUGUGCUUCGUGAUAGUGACCAAACUAGAAUCUUUUAACUACCUAAUAUUAAGGUAUUUGACAUUAGUAUUUCAAUUUGCAAAUAUUUACAUACAUUACUGCUAAGCUAUGAUUAUUCUGCAGCUGGAAUUCCAGAUAAUUUUGUAAUUCAUCCGUUCUUUCUUCUGAGAAGGAAAUUGCAAAAUUAUUUAUUUGACAAGCAGUAAUAGUUAUGUUAAAUGUUAAUAUCAUUUUCAGCAUUAAUUUAAGUUGCUUUAAAAUUAUUUUAUUGUUUCGUUUCACUCUGACAAAAUUUAUAUAUUCACAAUGCCCAUCUGAAAACAGUGGUAUGAAAUUCUGUAUGAGCCAAGUGGCAGAUAUUUCAGCAGGUUUUGAAUGUCACUUGUCACCCAUAGAGAAUACAUUUUCAACACGUAUUGCAUCUGAGUGUAUAAUCAGUUUUGCACAAUGAAGGGCAGUAAGAUAUAACCAUACAUGUAAAUGGCUAAGCUUAAAAGCAUUAAUUAGCAUGUAUAGGGCAUAUAUUAUUUCUCAGUGACAUUUUCGUACAGUAUAUAUAUUGAAAUAACAAAUCUGCUUCUUGUUAGAACAUUCUAAAAAUACCAAGGACAUUAAUUUUUCUACUGCAACAACCAUAAUUUUUGUUGAAAUAGAUUUUUUUAUAUAUAUAUAUAUGUACCAUUAUUUGUGCGCAAAAUUGAAGAUGUAGACGUUCAGUCGAUUAUGAUUUUCUCAUUUUGUCAUGAUGUUCACCAAAAAUGCAUAAAUACUGAAUGUUUUCUUCAUACCAAGUGUAAUUCUUUCAGAUUCAGAUACCAAUAAAGUUUGUGGAAAUGUAA